ACAGGUUCCCCAGCAACACAGGAGCCGGUGUGAGCUCUUUUCGCUGCCACACUUCAGACCGAGAGCUCUCCUUAUAUAAUCCUACCAUCAUUAAGCCCCUCUCAUUUGCAGCAGCUCAGGCGUUUCCUCCACCGCGUCACCCUCCUCAUCGAUCUUCUUCCUCCUCCUCCGAUCUCCGUCCACCGCAGAUGGCCACCGCCGUGUCGACUGUCGGGGCCGUCAACAGAGUGCCGCUGAUCAACGGUUCGAGCCCAGGAGCCGCGGUCCCAACCUCGGCGUUCUUCGGGAGCAGCCUGAAGAAGGUGAAUGUGAGCAUCCACGGGAGAGCGGCCGCCUCGGCGCCGGGGAGCUUCAGGGUCGUGGCCGCCGACCUCGACGAGUCGAAGCAGACCGCCCAGGACCGGUGGGGUGGGCUGGUGACCGAUAUCUCCGACGACCAGCAGGACAUCACGAGAGGGAAGGGGACGGUUGACCCCCUCUUCCAGGCCCCCACGGGCGACGGGACUCAUGAGGCCGUCAUGAGCUCUUACGAGUACCUCAGCCAAGGCCUUCGCGAGUACGGCAUGGACAACACGUUGGAUGGCUUGUACAUCGCUCCUGCUUUCAUGGACAAGCUUGUUGUUCACAUCACCAAGAACUUCAUGAACUUGCCUAACAUCAAGAUUCCCCUUAUUUUGGGUGUUUGGGGAGGCAAAGGUCAGGGAAAAUCUUUCCAGUGUGAGCUCGUCUUCCGUAAGAUGGGAAUCAACCCUAUCAUGAUGAGCGCUGGAGAACUUGAGAGUGGGAAUGCAGGAGAACCUGCAAAGCUUAUCAGGCAAAGAUACCGUGAGGCGGCGGAUAUCAUCGCCAAGGGCAAAAUGUGCUGCCUCUUCAUCAAUGAUCUUGAUGCAGGAGCAGGAAGAAUGGGAGGCACCACCCAGUACACUGUAAACAACCAGAUGGUUAAUGCCACCCUCAUGAACAUUGCCGAUAACCCAACCAACGUCCAGCUCCCCGGGAUGUACAACAAACAGGAGAAUGCCCGCGUCCCGAUUAUUGUUACAGGAAACGAUUUCUCCACUCUCUACGCUCCUCUCAUCCGUGAUGGGCGUAUGGAGAAGUUCUACUGGGCUCCGACAAGGGAGGACAGGAUUGGUGUCUGCAAAGGUAUCUUUAGGGCUGACAAUGUUCCUGACGAAGACAUUGUCAAACUGGUCGAUACAUUCCCAGGACAAUCUAUUGAUUUCUUCGGUGCCCUCAGGGCUAGGGUUUACGAUGACGAAGUUAGGAAAUGGGUUUCUGACAUUGGAGUUGAAAAGGUCGGGAAGAGGCUUGUUAACUCACUUGAAGGCCCACCCACCUUCGAACAGCCUAAAAUGACCGUGGAGAAGCUGUUGCAGUACGGUAACAUGCUGGUCAUGGAACAGGAGAAUGUGAAGAGGGUGCAGCUUGCUGACAAGUACUUGGCUGAGUCUUCACUUGGAGAGGCCAAUGAAGAUGCAAUUAAGACUGGGAAUUUCUACGGUUAGCACUUCACUUUGAGGGCAAGCAGCUCAGCAUGUUAGAAUUACUGUUCCUGAAGGUUGUACUGAUCCAUCUGCUGCAAACUAUGAUCCGACGGCCAGGAGCGAUGAUGGAAGCUGCGCAUACAAGUUCUAAGGCUGUUGUCUAGUGUUAUAGUUAGGUUGAGGGCGAGGGAGGUAUAUUUUUCUGUUGCAAGGGGGGGAUUUCUAUAUGCAUCUGCUUGUGUCUGAACCUUGAAUUGUUUCCUUUUUCUUUUAUAUUCUCUAUCUGUCAUGAAUUGUGGACUCUAUUAAACAUGUUUGUGUCAAAUAAACAUAGUUAUUGAGGCCUUGUCUACA